CAAAUGUUCGACUUAUUUUCCAGAACUAUAUCGUAUAUGAGGUGCCGUUAAUACCGCGUAAUCAUGCGAUCAUUCCGUGAAGCGGAACAUGUGAGAUGCGGAUCGUGUCAAAAAAGGGUUUUUGGUACACUUUAGUGCUAUUAGAAUCCAGAACUCCAAAGAUGUUUUUAGUAGUCGUCUGCCUCUUGUCGGGCAUCCUUUCAGUAGGAAGUAAAGAAACGAAUGGACACAUGUACCCAGAAUUCAACCAAGCUACCGUCUUCAGACCGAAAUUGACUUGUUUAAGAACAAAACGAUCCAUCGGAGAAACCCGUUUUCGAGGAGGUCACAUUGAUUCCUUGGGCGUUGAGAUACCGGUGGCCGGUCGCAAUUUCAGUUUGGACUUGAGGCUUAACAGUGAAUUGAUUGGAAAUCGUUACAAAGAACUCUAUCAAGUAAAAGGGAAGACAGUUGAGCGGAAAUGGGAUAUUCGUACAGAUCAUUGCCACUAUCAAGGGCAUAUCCGUGGCGUACCAGGCUCGUGGGCCGCGAUCAGCACUUGUAAUGGAUUGAGUGGGGUGAUUUCCGAUGGCAAAGACGUUCACUACGUCGAAAAAGUGCAAAAUAGUACUAGUAAUGCGUCGGAUGGUGAACACGUUUUGUUGUCCCACUCGGAUAUCAAGCCAACGGACUUCAAGUGUGGUUAUGAAGACACUCCGUCCGAGUUUUCGGGUCACCGCCCUAGGAGACACCCAGUGCCCUCCAUCAUGGAGCACAAUGUACACGCCAGGAAUCCCUCCUCGGGUCGCAUCGGAUCCGUUGUGCCUCUGUUGACGAAAUGCCGGCCGUGGUCAGGAUUCCGUGUCGUGAACUGGUUUUGCUUCCAUGUCAAGAAAGUGCGUCGAUGGGAUUCCAUCGUUGACGAGCCAGGUUGCAUGCAUUAA